UAAUGUCAGUGUCAAACUCAUCUGGUAGAGGUAAAAAGGUAAAUGUCAACCUGUCAGACCAACCAAUUAUGUUUAGAACUAUACCUAUAUUUACAUAAAGUUUCAACGAUUUAAACACCCUAUUCAACAUAUUUAACAUACAAAAUGAACAGAAGUUUGUUUUUAGUAAGGAGCUGCUUCAGGCGACAUAAUGCAAGAACCUUCUCGAGUCGUAAUGUGGAAAUAAAUGAAAAUGAACCUAUUAAAUUUUCAACAAGUGGCGCUGCUGCAAGAAACACCAUAAGGCCCAUUAAAAAUAUCAAGAUAGAUAUGCCAUGGUACCAACCUUAUUGCGUAGUAGGCAGUGUUGCCAUAUUCCUGAUCUAUUUCUGCAUAUUAAGAGAAGAGAAUGAUGUCGAUCUUGAAUUUAAUAAAACACUGUAUGAAAGAAUUCAAGGUAUGGAAAAGACACAACUGCUGUUAUCUUAUAAAUAUAACAAGGAAAAUGGCAAAAGUGUUGUAGAUAUCGAAAGACGACUAAAAGAAAUAGAAGAGCAAGAGAUGAAAGAAGCUAAUAAAGUAGAAUAAGUUGGAUUGCUCAUAGAUAUUAAAUAAACCCAAUAAAGAAUAUCUUAUUUAUUGUAACCCUAUGUAUUCUACUAUAUUACGUUUACUGAUAGCCAUAUUAAAAAAUUAUGUUAUAUUCCUACUUUUUGCUAAUUAGAUAAAUAUUUGGUAAGGAUUAUUUCACACAAUAUAAUACAAGUUAAAAUAUCUGUCU